AUCUGUGCCAAAUAUAAACAAGCUCUUAUCUAUGAAUACAUAUAUUUUUUUUAUAAUAACAGCCAGUGAUCAGCCACAAUAUUACGGUGUUUAUUUGAACCACUAACUCCAUCUUAAGACCACCCGACCGUCCCGGUGUCCACAACGAGCGCACGCAUUGUGAAUUUUAGCGGCUACUGCACGGUAGCCGGUUGUUAGCUAACGUUUUAGAUUUUAAGCAGACAUAGUUACAGCCAAGGUUACUCAGCAAUCAGUCAGAAAAUAUUAUAGGAAAAGAAAUGAACAGCAGACUGCAAGAAAUACGUGAGCGACAAAAACUUAGACGGCAGCUGUUAGCUCAACAGCUGGGAGCUGAAAGCGCAGACAGCAUUGGAGUGGUCCUAAACAGCAGAGAUGAACUUAAAGAGAUCGAGGAAACGAGAGAAACGUGCAGAGCUUCAUUUGACAGUUUAGUUGCACCAUCCAAACGGAAGUCACAGACAGAUGGAGAGGACACAGAGGAAGACAUACAAGAGCAAAAGGAUGAGGUGGAAGUGCAGCAGCCUGAAGAAAGCAACCCAUAUGAGGAAGUGUACAAGGACUCAAGUACUUUCCUUAAGGGCACCCAGAGUUUAAACCCUCACAAUGACUAUUGCCAGCACUUCGUGGACACAGGGCACAGGCCACAAAACUUCAUUAGAGAUGUUGGCUUAGCCGACAGAUUUGAGGAAUACCCCAAACUUCGAGAGCUGAUCAGACUAAAGGAUGAACUCAUCUCCACCACCAACACCCCUCCCAUGUACCUCCAGGCUGACCCAGAGCACUUUGAUCUGCAGGAUCUGAAGUGCAAGUUUGAUGUCAUUCUGCUUGAGCCACCAUUGGAGGAGUACUACAGAGAGUCUGGCAUUAGCCACACUGAGCGUUUCUGGACUUGGGAUGAUAUCAUGAAACUGGAAAUUGAAGAGAUAUCAGCUCUGCGCUCCUUUGUCUUCCUCUGGUGUGGCUCCGGUGAAGGCCUGGAUUUGGGCAGAAUGUGUUUGAGAAAAUGGGGUUUUAGACGAUGUGAGGAUAUUUGUUGGAUCAAGACCAACAAGAAUAACCCUGGGAAAACCAAGGCACUGGACCCAAAAGCAGUGUUCCAGAGGACCAAGGAGCACUGCCUGAUGGGAAUCAAGGGAACGGUGCGUAGGAGUACUGAUGGUGACUUUAUUCACGCCAACGUAGACAUCGACUUGAUCAUCACAGAGGAACCCGAGAUGGGAAAUGUAGAGAAACCCGUCGAAAUCUUCCACAUCAUCGAGCAUUUCUGUUUGGGUCGCAGGAGGCUGCACCUGUUUGGUCGAGACUCAACCAUCAGGCCAGGCUGGUUGACAGUGGGCCCUACUUUGACUAACAGUAAUUUUAACCCAGAGACAUACGCCUCACAUUUUGCCUUGCCCAACUCUCACCUGUCGGGCUGCACUGAAGAAAUAGAAAGGCUACGCCCCAAAUCUCCCCCUGCUAAGCUGAAGUCAGACCGCGGCGGCGGAGCCCCCAGGGGCGGCCGCGGCGGGCCGAACGCCGGGAGGGGAGGGGACAGAGGCCGCGAAAGGAACCGGCCAAACUUCCGAGGAGACAGAGGAGGGUUUAGGGGAAGGGGGGGUCUGCAUAGGGGCUUUCCACCUCGCUAGAGGAAGAGGUCAUGCAGUCUGACUGAUUCCAACUACAUCAUCGAACACGUCCGCAAUGCGGUUGUUGCGGAACUUUGUGUGACUGGGAUCUUUCUUACUUUACCUCAUUUGUUUUUUCAAAAUGUACUUCACAUUGACUUGGUGAAUAAACUUUGUUUUCUCUAUCUGA